CUAACACCAGAGAGGACAGCUUCCCUUAGUCCCCAAGCAGUGAUUGUCUGACUGUGUGUCAGUAUACAUCUCCGGUGCCCUCUUCCUCCAGUCACCAACCACGGACUGAGGCCAGGAUCCCCUGUUCCCAGCCCCCACCUCUGCCUCCCUCUGUCCCGGUCUCCCAGUGCACCCCUCAGACGCCGGGAGCGGCCGGCCGCAUUUCCGUACCACACAGGAUCUUGGCUUGAAAGAGUGAUAAAAAAAAGUAAAAAAUGGGAGCCGGAGGAAGUGUCGAAGACAAGGCAUUAGCCGCAAAGUCCAAGGAGCUGGAAAAGCAGCUGGCGGAGGAUGCGGACAAAGAAGCCAAGACAGUCAAGCUUCUGCUGCUUGGUGCUGGUGAGUCUGGGAAGAGCACAAUUGUUAAGCAGAUGAAAAUUCUCCAUCAAGGUGGUUAUACCAAAGAAGAACAAUUGGAGUUCAGGGCGAUCAUCUAUGGUAACAUCCUGCAGUCUGCUCUGGCCAUCAUCAGAGGCAUGGAGAUGCUGUCCAUUGACUUUGGAUCACCAAAAGGAAGUGAAGACGGGCAGAAGCUGUCCAACCUGUCAGACUCCAUUGAAGAGGGCUCCAUGCCCCCUGAGCUGGCUGAUGUCAUCAAGAGGCUGUGGAGUGACAGUGGUGUCCAGGCCUCCUUCGAGAGAGCAGCCGAGUAUCAGCUCAAUGACUCUGCUGGCUACUACCUUGGAGAAUUGGACAGAAUCACAAAGUCUGAUUACCUGCCCAAUGAGCAGGACGUGCUGCGUUCUCGAGUCAAGACAACCGGUAUCAUCGAGGAGCAGUUCUCCUGCAAAGAGCUGCAUUUCAGGAUGUUUGAUGUGGGCGGCCAGCGGUCGGAGAGAAAGAAGUGGAUCCAUUGUUUCGAGGGUGUAACCUGCAUCAUCUUCUGCGGAGCCCUCAGUGCUUAUGACAUGGUGCUCGUAGAGGACGAUGAAGUGAACCGUAUGCAUGAGUCUCUCCACUUGUUCAACAGUAUCUGCAACCACAGGUUCUUCGCCACCACCUCCAUUGUGCUCUUCCUCAACAAGAAGGAUCUUUUUGAAGAGAAGAUCAAAAAGGUCCACCUCAGCAUCUGCUUCCCAGACUACGAUGGCCCCAACACAUAUGAUGAUGCCAGUGACUACAUCAAGAAGCAGUUUGAGGAGCUGAACAUGAAGAAGGGUGUCAAAGAAAUCUAUUCCCACUUGACCUGCGCCACGGAUACAAAGAACGUGGAGAUUGUGUUCGGAGCUGUGACAGACAUCAUUAUCAAAGAGAACCUAAAAUCUUGCGGUCUGUUCUAAGCAGAUACACAAAGAGAUUGUAUUUUUCCCCUCUUCCCUUCACUUGGAUUCAUGUUGAAGUUGAGCAGUAGGAACAGAAGGCACAACAGAAGACUUUGUAAUGUCAUAAGACUCUUCAAUUCUACACUAUCCCUUCAUUCCUAACACCCUAAAUUAUGGGUAAUGAAGGCAAAUACUAAGAAAACAGCCCCAAACUUACUCCAAAGGGAGUCAACAUACAUGUCCAACAAAUCGAACAAAGAUGGCAACAUGUUCCUCACGGAGACAAUGUGGAUGAUGUCCUUUAGAUGGAAAUGUGGAUCAGAAGUCAGAACAACCGAAUGAACACGUUUGAUAUAGGUACUUUAUUAGAUAUUCUGGGGUUAUUUCUGGCUCUUAAAUGGUUUGUGUUGAAGAAAGUGUAGAAAGCUGCUCAUGGAAUCCAAUUGAUAAACUUACGAAAGGAUACAUUUUGAAGUGAUCCAUCUUACUCAACAUGGUCAGAGUGAAGUCCUUUCCAAUUACACUGUUCUUGCCCAAUGAUUUUUAAUGUUUAUAUCUAGUUCUGUUUGGAUAUGCUUACUGUUUCGCACCAGAUGUAACACAGUAAAAAGUUAUUCAGCUAAUUUCAAUCAGCGAGUUCAAAUAGCUGAAAUUUAAGAAAAAAGUACCAUCAAAACAAGUUAGCAAUGUAUUUUGUAAAUAGGGGACCUUAAACAUUAAUAUUCGAAUACGUUAUGAAAAUGUUCAACAUCAGUGACAUGUUUAGUGAUGUGCAUGUAUAUUCCAUUUUGACUACUGACAAAUGAACCUGUAACUGACCGGUCUUGUGAAAGAUAAACAUUCAAAAUAAAAAUGUAUACAUAGCAACUGCCAUUUCCGCAUGUCAUCAUUCUUUGUAUUUUUUUUUACAAAGAUAUGUGAUGUGACCUUUAGGUCAUACAAAGUUGAUUUACUGUUUAAAGGAAUACUUUUUUUUUUAAAUGUGAGGUGAGCGAGCAAAUAAAAAUAUGAACAUGUAAAAUAAAAUUUCAACCCCUUGUAAAAAAAAACUAAACAACAUUAAUACAAACACCUUACCAAGACAUUUUUGCCUUUUUGUAUAAUGGUUUUGAAAUUCACACUCACAGGGACCACAGUUUGAGUCCUGGUUAGGGUCCCCCUCUAUUGAACUACAUUGAUGUUAAGUUUUGUAGCCACAUAAUGAAUACUCGACUUGGACUGUUACCAUUUAGGUGCAGGAUACCUACAAUACUUUUGAACUAAAAUUCUAUAAAGACGAACAAGAGCUCAAGCAUUAGAACAUUUGAGGUGCUGGUACUCAGCUCAGCUCCGGUGAGCUCCUGUCCAAGUCAAGCACAUAAUCCAAAAGGAACUGUUUGCGAUUUACAAAUGAUUACUUUGAUUAACCACGCUUCAACCGAAUUCAACCGAACCGAAUACUACAAGGGCAAAGUGAAUAAUUUAAAAUAUUAAAUUCAUAUGAAAUCACAAUUUUAAAUGUAUUUAACCUUUAUUUAACUAGGCAAGUCAGUUAAGAAAUUAUUAUUUACAACGACGG